ACCAAACAUAUUCAGUUAAGAUCGAAUCGCAGUUGAGCAAACACGUUCCGGUCUCGCUACAUCGAAUCAGAUAUUUACAGUUACCCAACUUCGAGAUUUGAAAAAACUUUGAUUGUUUCAUAAAUUAUAACAAGUUAAAGUAACUGUAAUGCAACAAGGAAGUUUAAGUGUUUUAUUAGUUCUCUUUGGAGUCAUAGUGCAAGGUCAUGGUGGUCCCAUUCAAGCAUCCGAGUGCCCGGAGCAGAUAGGUGAACAAGCAUAUGCUCACACUGAGCGAUGCGACCAAUUUUUUCUAUGUACAAAUGGUACUUUGACUUUGGAAACCUGUGAAAACGGUCUUUUGUUCGAUGGGAAAGGAUCUGUACAUAAUCAUUGUAAUUAUAACUGGGCUGUUGAUUGUAAGGAGCGAAAAUGGGAUCCAACGCCAUUAUCAACACCUGGUUGUGAAUAUCAAUUCGGCAUUUACCCUGCUUCAAAGGAGUGCACUACUACAUAUAUAAAGUGUGCAUUCGGUGAGCCAAUUGAGCAGGAAUGUGAUGCCGGGUUAACUUACGACGAUAGAAUUCAUGGCUGUAACUGGCCCGAUCAACUUUUAGAUAUUUGCAAUCCAGAAGCUGUCGUCGGUUUCAAAUGUCCAACCAAAGUCGAUUCCGGAUCGCCAGCUGCACGCUUUUGGCCAUUCCCACGUUUUCCUGUUCAAGGCGAUUGUCAUCGUUUAAUAACAUGUGUUGAAGGGUAUCCACGUUUGAUCACAUGCGGUGAAGAUAAAAUAUUCGAUGAAACUACACUUACUUGUGAAGAUGCGGAAUACGCAUCCUCUAAAUGUAACCACUUGGGAAAAUAACUAAUUCAAUUGGUUUCUUUUCAAUAGACAAAUACUCUGUAAAUAAUCUUGCGCCCUAUUUACAAUAUUUUAUGUUUGCUUUAUCAUAAUAAAAAACCCAUGUACAUAUAAAUAAAA